UAAUAAUAUUUGAUAAUCGUGGAAUUGGAGAAUCAACUGUUGCUUCCUAUGAUGCCCCUAUCACGAUCGAACUAAUGGCUCAAGAUACAAUUGAAUUAGUUAAACAUCUUGGGAUUAAAAGAUUUAAUUUGUUUGGAGGAUCUAUGGGUGGUAUGAUCGCUCUUUGUGUUGCCUUGAACAUUCCAUCAGAUUUGAUGUUAGAGAAAUUAAUUAUUAGUGCUAGUACUGCUGGAAUUACCGGUAGAACAAAUACAAAAGCGUAUUACAAAAACGAACAACUUUGUAAAUUACCAGAAAUUAAUCUUCCUAAGAGUAUUCAAGAACAAAAAGAUGAACUUCUUAAUUCUGAUGAAAAGUAUUUGGUUAAAUAUCUACUUGAACAUCCUGAUAAACUUGAUAAAAUUGCAGAGAUCUUUGUUAACACAAACACUAAAAGACCCUUUGAAAUUUUUAAACGUCAAUGGGAGGCGAUUAAACAGCAUAAUGUUGUCUCAAGAAUACAAAAUAUUAAAGUUCCAACUUUGAUAAUUCAUGGUGAAGCUGAUGAAGUAAUUCCAAUUCAAGAUGGUGAAUUACUUGAUCGCGAAAUUCCUAAAACAAAAUUUCAUAGAAUUCCUGAUGUUGGACAUAG